CCGGAAUGAAGAAUAUGGAGCAAGCAAGACCAUGUUAGUGGCUAUAAACACUCUGGCAAUGUCACAUAAAUGAAGCUGUCCUCAAAUUUCUAAAGUUAAGAGCAUGUGAACAUCAUCAUCAGUAUCACUAUCAUGGAUUUGGAAAGCUGAGCAUGGGCAACGAAAUGGGUAAUAACAACACAUCUGCUAUCAAAGAGGAAGAUAACUUAGGAGAAGCUGAGAAAAAUGGUUUCCAAGACGAUACUAAUGAGACAUCUAUAGCCAAAGAUGUUGUGGAAAAAGCUUCAAUUGUUAUAAAUGAGCCAGGGAAAGAUACAUGGCAGGAUGAAGGUCAUGCAGAAGAUGUAAAAGGGAAAGCUCAAACAAUUACAACAGAUGAAGCCAAAGAUGAAGACUCUCAAGAUAAAACUAUAGGCUUUGCUUCUAACCAUACAACAACAGUGCUUGGAAAUGAUUCAAUGAAAGGAGAUACUCAUGCAAGUGAUGUAAAUAUGGAAAAUCAAACUCCUCCAACAGCUGAAGCUGAAGUUGUUCGGGAGAAAGGUGCAGCGGCACUGGUUUCCGAAGAUGCAACAACUGAACUUGGAAAAGUUACACUGCAAGAAGAUAGUCAUGAUGAUCUUAUGAAAGGAAACAUGAAAAUGCUUACAUCGGAUGAAGACAAAGAUGUUCAGGAGGAAGAAGCCGAAGCUUUUCAGGAUGAAGUCACAGGGUUAAAUUCUAACAAUACGGAAAGCAGGCUUAAAAGUGAUUUGUUGGAAGAAGAUACUUGGAAAAGUGGCUUGAAUAUGGAAAAUAAAAUACAUCAUCCAACUGCUGAAGUCGAAGAUGUUCGAGAGAAGGCUACAGGAAUGACUUCCCACUAUUCUAGAAGUUCACUUGAAAAUGAUUUAUUGGAAGGAGAUGACCCUGAGGAUGAUGUUAAUGCAAAUCAUCAAAAGCACAAAACAGUUGAAGAGAAUUUUGAUCAACUACACUUAGAAACAAGCCUGGAUUUUGAUGAUGAAACAAGUGAGUUUGAUGAUAAAACUCAUGAAGAUAAACAAGAAGCUAAUGCAGAAAACCUUACUGCCAAUGGCAAAGAUGUUCAGGAAAAAACUAUCAUCCCAGCUUCCGAUGCAGCAUUGAAGUUGACAAAUUCUUUUGAAGGUUCAGGAGAUGAAAUAACUGAAGUCAGACAACCUGAAAAGUCUCCAAGCGAUGGAUCAGUUGAAGCUAAAGGUGGAAAGUCUGAGAGCUUGUCAAGUUUUUCUUUGAAAGGCACUGAAGAAUAUGAGAUAGAAACAUGUAAUCAUCACCUUAAUAAUAAGCCUUCAAUCCAACAAGGGGAUGAAAUAACUGAAGUCAGACAACCUGAAAUGUCUCUAAUUGAUAGAUCAGUUGUAAAUGAAGGUGGAAACUUGGAGAUCUUAUUAAGUUCUUCAUUGGAAGACACUCAAGAAUAUGUGAAGCAAGAAGAGACACGCGUGAGAGAACACAUUUUAGUAACAGAUAAUCAUGACCUCAAUAGUGAUCCUUCAAUCCAACAAGGGGAUGAAAUAUCUGAUGUCAGACAACCUGAAAAGUCUCCAAAUGAUGAGGCGGUUGAAGCUAAAGAUGGAAACUCUGAGAGUUUUUCAUCGUUUGAAAACACUGAAGAAUAUGAAAAGCAAGAAGAAACCUGCUUGAGAGAACAAUUGUUAGAGGCAUAUAGCCAUCACCUUAAUAAUGAGUCUUCAAUUGAACAAGGGGAUGAAGUAACCGAAGUCAGUCAACCUGACACUUCAAACGAUGGAUCAGUUGAAGCUGAAGCUGGAAACUCUGAGAUCUUGUCAAGUUCUUCACUAGAAAGCACUGAACAAUACGAGAAGCAAGAAGAAUCAUGCUUGAGAGAAGAAAUAUUACUAACACAUAAUCAUCAGCUUAAUAAUGAGCCUCCAAUCCAACAAGCAGAUGUAGAGGAAUCAGCGGUUUUAACAUUGAGUGAUGUGAACAUGUUAAACAAUAUAGAGAUUCAAGAAUCAAGUGGACAUUCUGACAAUGAUGAGCCAGACAAAUUUCUCUCCGAACAAUCAUUUCUAGGCACGGACUCACUCCUAGAAGAUAAUUUGUUGGAUACUAAUUCUCACUCUGAACAGAUUAAGGAUGAUGGCUUAGCAAAAGAAAUGAAAUCCCAUGUAGAAUUAUGUACUGACAUGUUGGAUACUACAUCUGAUUCCCUAAAUAUUGACACCACCACCAAUGGUAAUUCAUUGACCAAGGUAAAUUGUACUACUGAGGAUUCUCACACCUCACCUCUUGAAUCUUCCGUUGCGGUUAGUCCAAUUGAAUUUGACCAUGAGGAAAACUGCAAGGUACCAUAUGGAAAAAGUAUAUUAAGCAGAAGUGGAUCAAUGGAGAACUCACAUGAUUGCAAUUUAGAUCAAUGCAUCAAAUAUUCAUUGAAGGAAUACAACAUGGUGUAUAUAUGUGAUGUGUCAAUAGAGUCUAAUGGGGACUGCAAUGGAGAGAGAAGUAUGUUACUUGAUUCUAAUGUCUUCGGGCUUGUCACCAAUGAUCAAGUUGAAGAAUCUAAAGUCAUCGAGAAUGGAGUACCGUUUGAUGCUUAUGUUAACAACUCCAACAAGGCUUUAGAGGAAAGUGGUGCUACUUCAGAAGAAAAACAUUCUGCGGUUCCUGAAGCCAAAAGGGUUUCUCUUAUUGAAUGUUUAACUGAUGUUAAUUGCAGACAUGAAGAAGGGAAGGAGAACAAAAUUGAAGAAACAAAUGAAAAGCCAGAAGUUUCACAUGUCAUGAUAAAUACUUUUGAGGGGACUGAAAUGUCAGAACAGUGCAAUUGUGAUCUGGUAACUAUAAAUCAGGAAGAAUCUAUUCCCUUGCAAAAUAAUUCCUCUUUGUUGCAUUUCUAUGAUGACCAUCAGGACAAUGUAAAGCAAGACAGAAGUUUUACUGCUACCAUCAUGGCAAACUUAGGUUGGAAGCAAACAAACAAGACCACAAACUCUGGCCACACCAUUGACAACUCUAAUUCUUCUGAAUUAACAGUUCCAUCUCUGCUGGACUUGGAUAAUAAAGACGCAUUUGAGAAAGAAGAUAAAGAAGAUCCACAACAUGCAGCAGCAGAACUAACAACUUCUACAGCUACCAUGUCCAUUGUUGAACUAUAUUCAAACAAGUCCAUAUUUGAAAAUGGUGCCAAUGAAACAAAGGAAAGUAUAGCAAGGCCCAGUACUGAAUCAAACCCUGACAAUCCAAACACCUCUAGUCAGAUGCAAAAAUCACCAAGCUUCAAUCUCAACCUCAGAAAGGAAGCAAGGCCUGGAGAAUCAGAUAAGAUUCCACUGCUUCAUCAGAAUAAGUCUGCAAAUGAAAGCUUCUCAAAACAGAAUAGUAUGAAUCUGAUAAACUCAAUGCCUCAUUCUCAAUAUGAGCAGUGCAUGUUACACAGUGAAGAAAUGCCAGUGGAAGAGAAAAUAGUUACUAUGGAAAGAAGUUACUCUGGGAAAUCUAAAGCUCCAUUCAUAGGCCUCUUAAAAGAAGAGGAAGAAGCUCAUCUUCUAGGCAUGGCACGGACACAAGACAACCAUGCUGGCACAAAGAAUACUGUGUCAUCUACUUCACCAAAAAAAGAUAAGCGAAAGCCUCGAUCUUCCUUCUUCAGCAGCUGCAUGUGCUGUGCAACUGUACCUUGAGAAUUACACUUACAGUUCUAUUUUACUUUUCUCCUUUGUGUUGUGAGUUUCUUUCUAAUUUAUUUUAAAACAGUCCACAAUUGCAGUAGUGGUGGCUAUAACGUCAAGGUUUUGAAGAUUUCAUGACCACAAUGUUACAGCAAUUGCAACCUUUUCUGUGGCAUUUCUCCACAAACCUCCUUAAUAUCAAAGAUUGCAUUGUAACUGUGACUUCAAUUUAAAGCCUUGUAAUUUAUUUUUUUGAAAGUUAAGUUUUGAUCUGGAAAAUUCUGAUGGGCAAUUUGGCAUCAUGGUGAGUUCAACCAACAGCGGGGGCACUGCAGCAGCCAUGAUCAUUGGUUUUAAAGUUCAAGAUGAAGUGAACUUUGUUUGAGAGAUUUCACAAAUGUAGAGAGACCAAAGCUUCUUCUUUUGAUUGUAUGUUGUAACGUUUCUUUUUUCUUCCACAGUGAACUUGGAUAAUUAUACUGAU